AUGGCACAGAGGGCAUCGGCCCAGCAAGAACACCUACAUUCAACCUCUCAAUUGUCUCUGAAGAUAUAAGAAUGUUUGGUAACUUACCUAAUUCAGAAAUUUUAAGAGAAGAUGAGUUAUGUGAGGCUUAUUGGUGGGUACUGCAACAUUGUGACGAAGUCAAGGAAUAUAGAGAUGCUCAUUUGGGACUUAUUCAACUUAAGUAUCAGAACAGGCAUGAAGAGAGGCAUAAGAAAACGUUUCCUGUCUAUUUCCUAAAAUGGGUGAUGAGGAUGCAAGAACGUCAAGAUAAAGAUUACUCUCCGCAGUUGCAUCAUUUGGCGUGUAUGCCACAAGGACAUAAUGUUUAUGCGGCUUGUGUAGUUAACGGUGUUAAGUUCCUUACAGAACGACGAGAUCAACAUCGGAAGACACAGAAUAGUGGCAUCAUGGUAGUGGGUAAGGAUAAUGUUGCAUACUAUGGAAUUGUUGUUGCCGUCAUUGAACUACUAUAUCCAGCAGAUUUUCCGAGGAGUACGAAGAUGGAUCACGGGCUAUUAUCAGUGAAUACAUCCACAAGCUGGUAUGAGCAUGCCCCGUUUGUGCUUGCCAUUCAAGCAAAACAAGUGUUUUAUCUUAAUGAUCCGAAAGCUGGUGGGGGUUGGAAAGUAGUUAACGUGAUGGAGCAUAGAAGUAUCUUUAACGCAACCACACUUCAAGGGGGCCGGGUAGAACAAAAUAUUGAGAAUGUGGCUCUUGAACCAUAUCAAGAGCCUUUAACUUCUGACAUCCCCGACACAAGCACUAUUCGCAUCAACAACGACAUCCACUUCCCACAAGGCGAGUACAUUCCAAUUUCAG